AUGUUCCGAUCGGGUUUGCGCUCCGGCUCUUCAGUGAGGAGGAGGAGCAACGUGAGCUUUACGGGAGUUCCCAAGAACGACUACUUUCCCUCCAAGAGCAAUGUCUUCUGGAGAUUCCUAGGCAUCGGAGAUCGUCAGGGGAAUCUGAAAGCAUCGCGACUGAUUCACCCGGAGUCUCCCUUCAACUACACCGUCUCUCUGGUCUCUUCGCUCCUCCUGCUCUACACGGCCAUUGUAGUGCAAGUCACUGUCAGCUUCUUCUGGAAUGCGCCUGACUGCUGGAGCUCUCCCACGCUGCCUUUCGACAUGUUUGUGGACACUUUCUUUGUCUUCCAGAUCUUUUUGACUUUCUUCACUGGGGUUGAGAUUCAAGGCGUGUACGCAGACUCACUGGGGGCGGUUGCUUGGAAUUACGUCACUCAUGCCUUCAUCUUUGAUGUAUUCACGUCCAUCCCUUCUUCGUAUGUGGAAUAUUUCGCGGUAAAAGAAUGCGGAAGCUCCGGCACCAGCGUCAACAUGAACAGCCUCCUAAUCAUGAGGUGCAUAAAACCUCUCAGGUUGCUGAAGUUGUCGAGGAUGUUCAGGAUGAAGAAGAUUCGUCUCAUCCUCGACUCAAUCGAGGAAUUCUUUCAACUGCCAGGGUUCAUGAUGAGGAUGUUCAGUAUGCUCGCUGGAAUCUCGCUGCUCGUGCACAGUUGUGCUUGUAUCUACUGGCUUAUCAAGGAGAUGACCUUCAGCCAGGACGAGAUUUGUCUUUUCCUCUCCCACUACAACCUCAACUGCUAUUCUGGCCUGCUCGAGAAGUAUGUCCUCACCAUCUACUUCAUGAACACAAUCUUCACCACAGUUGGCUUCGGCGACAUCACCCCUGAGAACACAGCUGAGAGGCUCUUCACCAUCAUCGCCAUGUACGCCGGCGUCAUGGUCUUCGGCACCAUGCUCUCGGAGGUUCAGAGCGCGCACAUGCACGCGUUCCGCCUGCAGAAGCAGUGCGACCAGGUGCACCAUGACGUGAAGGACUUCCUGCGGUCUACCAACGUCCCCAAGGCUGUCAGCAGGCGCGUGCUGGAGUGGGUGGAUCUCGACUAUAUGGUGAAGAUGAGGAGGAACCAGCGGGAGGCAGCUCUCUCCCUCAUCCCUCCUCAGCUCCGCAUGCCCAUCUUCGAUCACCUGCACAAGGAGAUGCUGUAUGGGAUCCCCUUCCUCCGAGACCUGGCGGACAUCCACCGCGAUCAGUUCCUCCUCAACCUCUUCUCUCUUGCUCAGCCCAUCACUUUCUGCAGCUUCAUGCCCAUCGCAACGGUGGACGACGCUUGUGACCGUCUCUACAUCAUCACACACGGCAGCGUCAGCGUCGUUCUGCCCUCCGGGUCAAUCGUCUCCACACUCAACGCUGGCGACUUUUUCGGAGAGAACAGCUUCCUCGGGGAGACAACAUGGAGGGGAGAGCACGGGCAGGAGGUCGACUUCUGUGCUCUGACAUCUGUAGUCUGCAUGUACAUCUUGAAAGAAGACUUCAUGCGGCUGCUCCAGUCAUUCCCUGGACACAUCCACGAGGAGAUCGAGGCUCUCACGCAGGACCUCAAGGAGCUGCGGGAGGAGCAGGCUGCUUCGGAUGAUCCUCCUACCUCCGUCGCCAUCCGCUGGUUCUAUCUCUUCCGCAAGGCCAAGUGCCACAUGCUUCACACGGAUGGCACGAGAGACCUGCUGAUCAAGACGGUUCAGAAGCUCAAGUUUGCAUCCAUCUUCGGCAAGCACGACACUCAACGUGGCAAGUUUGAGGUCAUCGCGGAGAAGCCAAUCCCCGAUGAGGAAGAGAUAGUUCCGACCUGGGAGGGCAGGGGACCACAGGAAGAGGCGCAGAGUCACGGAAGCUCCGGGGACAUUCUUGUUGCUAUUCAGCAGCUGAUCAGAGCGGAGCAUGACUCGCUGCGCGCUUGCUUCGACCGUCGCAUCAGUGAGAUCACAACUCGCAUGGACGCGCUGGAGGAGAUGUGCUUCACUGAGGACACGGCCAAGGCAGAUACAGCGAGCGUGUCAGGAGGAGAUAUCCAGCCUGUCGAUGAGAGAUAUGCAUAG